UGUUGUUAAAAAAGUUAUACUAAUAAUAAAACCUUUUGUUGAAAAUUGGACUACAUUUUCAAAUACUUGUUCAAGAUUAUUUAUACAUGUAUAUAUAUAGUUACUUCCUGAAAACUGUUUUUGUAGAAAAAUGGACUAGAUAUUUUCCCAACGGUGAAGACGAUGAUAAUUUAGAAUUAGAAAGACAUGAUUCACUGAACUGUGACUGUUUACCAACGUGUGACAGCGUUUAUUACAAGAUGUACACCAACAGCUUCCCUCUGGGGGAAUCAAAUAGGAACAUAUCUAAGAUAAACAUAUUCUUUAUUAAUGGCUUUGGUAGCCUCUACAAGAUCGAUAUGACUUUUACUUGGUUUGAAGUUAUAAGUGCUUACGGAGGUCUGAUGUCUUUAGUUAUGGGCUUGAGUCUUAUAAGCAUCAUAGAAGUUCUCGUUCUUCAGUAUAAAUUAAUAUUCUAUUAUGCACAUAAAUUAUAUUCUCAAACAAUAAAUUGAAAUUAUAAGAGAA